AAAUCCAAUUGUAAUCCCUAUCUGAUAGUAGUAGGUGGAGAUAACUUGAGCUGUCAGCACAGAAAACAGUAAUUUAGCAGAUUAACAAAUCAGUUAAUCACUUUUAAUACUAAGAGGAGUCUAGACAUUGCUUGUGAUUUCAAGAAGUGACAAUUCAGAGUAGAACUACAAAUCUGGAAACCGAACUUUGUGGGGUAUCAGUGGUCAUUUGGAACUAAUUUACUGCAGAAGAUCCUCUAGAGGCGUGAAAUUAACACGAAACUGUGAUGCUGAUAAGUAUCCAAUUAAACUGUAGCAUCUGAAAACAAGCUGGCCAUGUAGUUAAUCAAAGUGAAUUAUCUAUGUGGUAAUUACUGACUGAAUUAUCAGAGAUUCUCCCUGACCAAGCAUCAGUACCCUCGUGACUUUAUAAAGGUGAUGCUGGCUGAUCAUUGAGUGAUUGUUCAGAGCAAUGUUGAUUGCAAACACUAAUGCUACCAUGGAUGCAAAAGAAAAUAAUCAAAUCCAUUGGAUCGAGUCUGGAAUGGAAUCAGAUGUUGCACCAGACGAAAUGUACCUUAUGCUACAAGCAGAUAUGAUGAGCAUCAAGAAGCAGGAACGAGCUCUUCAGAGUGAGAUUGCUGAAAUUCAGUCCAAGUUCUUCAACCUGGUGGAGAACUGUGGGAUCCAGCGCUCCGACUUCCCAGUCCGGGACAACUCCAAAGUCGUGUCUCCGUCCUUCCUUCAGAGCAACUCGACCUCCAGCCUCCGGCGCGUGCUUCCCCAAGAGGAGGAUGAGGAGUUCCUUCUUCAGCAGCUUCUUCAGGGAUCUGUGUGUUCCAGUAGUAGUGACAGUCUGUAUGAGGACUCCGAGAUGACUCUCAUCAUCGACAACAACUCCAACUACAAGCCUUCCCCAUUCCGUCAGCCGGAAAACACCGUUGUCAGCUUCACCAGCAUGCUUGUGCCAAACCUGACGGAACCUAUCUCAUCAUCAGACAUCAGCAAUGGCUCCAGCAGGAUGACGUCUUCUUCAGAUGGUUAUCCCAAAUCCACAGAAACCUCAUCAGAUGUUGACAACCAGUGUGUCCCUUGUCUGGACUUUGAGGAGGAGCUGGCAUCUCGAACCAAGUACUACUCCGACUUCACCAUCGAUCGCCAGCGCAAGAUCAACAACAUGUCACCCCCUCUCUCCUAUGGCAAUGAGUCUUCCAAGGACAGUGACAACAGUGACAAUGCAUGUGAGGAGCUGUUCACAAGGGAAGUGGAGGGAUGUGAAGCCAAGGACCUACCUGCAUUCCGUGCUGCUCCUCUCGGUGUUUCCAAUGUGAAUGACUCUAGGAUGAUUGCUUACUCACGUUCCAGCUCCCAUUCAUCAGGAACAGACAGCUCAUCUGUGUCUUCCAGAUCUGGUCAUCGCAUCAGCAGAUCCAGUCGCUCCAGUGCCAGCAACAGAUCUUCAUCCUCAUCAUCCAGUCGGAAGAGCACCACCAACCCACAGGCAUCAUCCACCAUGAUCGAGGAUCUGUCCCCUCAGUCAUCUCACAGCAGUGGUAGCAGCAGACACAAGUCAUCCACCUCCAAUCCCCAGGCUUCAUCCACCAUGAUUGAGGAUUUCCCUUCUUCGAAAGGCAGCAGCCGGUGUUCCAGCAAUGAGGACUUUGUUAGUGUGUACACCUGGUCCAUUCACGACACCUCCGAGGAAGUCAACUUGGAGGACUCGUACCUCAGGAACAUCGGACACAAGGUGGCAGCCCGCUCAACCAGAUCCAGCCGAAGCAGUAGUGCUAGCAGCACCACAUCCAGGAAAUCAACCAAGCGUGACAGAGACUCCAACCGCAUCCAGCAUGUGCUUACAGAGCCUGACUCACAACUGGGAAAUUCCUUGUCUGUGAUUGAACAAGCCAGUGACAUUCGUGAAGCCUUCCUUGGAGCUGAUUCUCUGUACGAGGACGAGGACAUCCACUACAAAGCCAGCACCUUACCUCGCACCAGCACACGCCUAUACCUCGUGGGACAGAAGACCAGUGCUAGCUCAUCCCUCGAGGCUCGUCGCUCUUCUAUGCCUGAUAUCCUUAGUGUCUGCACGCCUAGUGACUUUCAUAGUGUUCCCACUUCUGACGAUGAAGAGGACAACAAUAGUGCUGAUGACUCCUCACCUCUCCAAGAGCGCAUUGAAGUCCCGGGGAAGUCCAGUUCCAGUGCCUGCACUUCAAGUCCACUCGAGAACUCGACCAAAUCUGAUGUUGCUGCACCAAACAACACAGAGGCCCUCAUUGACUCCAUCCUCACUGACAGUCCAGUCAGUGCUUGCAGUAGUGGAAUAGCCGCCCCCUACAACUCCUACAACUCAGCAGCGGAGAGCCAUCCAGCCUCCCGUGCCAGCCAGUCCACAAACAGUGACAACAAGUCGGAAUCCUCCAUCGGACAACCUAGUGCUCCUCCAUCCUCAGUCAAAUCCUCACCCGCUGUGCCUGCCAAAGCUCCAGUGUUGGACUUUGUCUUCAAGAAACCUCUGAACACCCAGCCACUGAGGAAGCUGUUCAAGUUCAAGAAGAGCAAGGGGAAGAGUGUGGAGAAGAUUCCGACCACGUCCACUCCCAGCCACGCCUACCCGUCCUCUGUCCGCAGUGACCCACUUUCCAGGAGGAAGCUUUUCUCCGGCAGUGACCAGAAGAUGCAAGAGGUUCAGCUGAUGGACAAGAAAGCUGUCAUGAAGAAGUUCCGUAGAUUCAGCGAGAGUUUCCACAAGCGCAACAGUACUGGCCUUCCCAGGAUCCAAACCCUUGCCAACCUUUAAAGUGUGACACUUCGUGUUCAAAGACACCAUCUUGUGUUCAGAUUUCACAGUCAUUGCCAAAGACAUUUAUUUGUUUUUCAUUUGUUGUAAAUAUACUUUUUUAUUUUAUGUUUGAGCAUUAUUUUGAAAAUAUGUGUGUUACUGCAUGAAUGUAGCAGGUUGAGUGAAAAAUUCAGUUAUUCACAUGAGUACAAAACGAGUUGAAUGCUGUAAAACAGUUUUGUUAAUGUUAUGUUUGGGAGAUUUUAUGGCAUUUUAGAAUUGUGUUUCAUUAGAGUCAGUAUUGUAACUGUGCAAUAUGAUGUGGUUGAGAUUUAGAACUUCCUUAAGUUUCUUGCCAAGACUAAGACUUGUAUUACGAAACUUGCAAACACUGUACAUAGUUGUACAUUUUGUAAGAAAUCCUAAUUUAUUUUGUUUUGUAACUUAUCAUGCAGUGCUAAAUAAUGUAAAUAAAUAAACAUAAAAAAUUGA